UAUGUUAUAAAUUACAAUUUUAAAAUAUUAUGUGAAAAUAUAUAGGUACAUCACAGUGAUUUCAUAGUGUAUGUAUAAUGGCUGAAUUGCAACAAGUGAAGUCUGAGGUGAAUAGUGCAUUUAAAUUAAGUGGCUUUACGAUACGACGAGAUGCAAGCACCUUUGUAGCUGAACAGCUUUUGGAUAUGAACUAUCAGGAACGCAAAAGAAUGAUCGAUAAACUCAUAUCACAUCUACUUCAUCAGUGUCUGUCACAACCUGUUUUGGAAAAGCAGCAUUUGGAGGUGGCUUACAGGGAAUGCUCAUCACUAGGACUCGAAGAAUCUGAAACAGUUCUCAAUGUUAUUGACGCUUUUAGUAUCCCAAAAAUUCAUUACGACAACGAGAGAAAAAAAUUCGUAAAAGACGCCAAUUUUGUGAAGAACCUAUUUCCGGAACCUAAGUGGAAAGCUCAACUGUUCAUCGACAGAUACACUAUUAUUUGGCAAAGGACCAUACGAAAUAAAUUGUUUGCGACAGAAACAUUGCCAACAACAACAGAUGUAAAAAGAUUUUCGCUGAGAAAAAUUGAGGUGCUUCUAAGCAACUCAAGUCGUGUAGAUGAUGUGAUUGUAUUAGGGUUUCUUACACAGCUAACUGAGGGCAAGUUCUACUUAGAAGAUCCCACUGGUAGUGUCGUGUUGGACAUGACACAAACUCGGUAUCACUCUGGAUUGUUUACAGAGAGCAGUUUUGUAUUAGCUGAAGGCUUUUAUGAAGACAAAGUUUUACAUGUUAUGGGCUUGGUUCUGCCACCAUCUGAGGUACGAUUGAUGUCUUCCCCAUACUUUGGAAACAUCAAUACUUUUGGAGGAAAGUCAAGGACUUUGUUGAAAAAUUCACAGAACUUGCUCAAAUUGGAACAAGACAAUGAGGAUGGAAUAAUAGUAUUUCUUUCUGAUGUUUGGUUUGACAAUCUAAAAGUUAUAUCAAAGUUGAAAACACUAUUUUCAGGAUUCAAUGAGUUUCCUCCUAUAGCUAUAGUGUUCUUGGGGGAAUUUUUAUCCUGUCCCUAUGGAUAUGAACAUAGCACUCAACUCAAAGCGGCAUUAAUAAACUUGGGAGAUAUGAUAUACCCUUUCACUAAACUAAGGGAGUCCUGUAAAUUUAUUUUUGUACCAGGCUUAGGAGAUCCAGCCGCACCAAAUAUUCUUCCGAGACCUCCCAUACCUAGCAUUGUUACCAAAGACAUAAGCAACAAAUUGGGAGAUGCUGUUAUCUUCACUUCCAAUCCCUGUCGCAUUCAAUACUGUACACAGGAGAUUGUGGUACUAAGACAGGAUUUAGUUACAAAGAUGUGUAGAAAUUCAAUACAUUUUCCAGAAACUGGUGAUAUACCUGAUCACAUUACAAAGACAUUGUUGAGCCAAUGUACAUUAUCACCAUUAUCUUUGGGGGUUCAGCCAAUUUUCUGGAAACAUGCUGAUGCCUUGAGUUUAUAUCCGAUUCCAGAUUUGGUUGUGAUAGGUGAUCAGUUCCAACCGUACACAAGAAGUUACCAGAAUUGUCAAGUUAUUAAUCCUGGAUCCUUCCCACAUACAGAAUUUUCUUUUAAAGUGUACAUUCCAUCAUCUAGGACUGUAGAAGACUCAGAAAUACCAAAUGACGAUAGCUAAUAUUUAAUUUCAGUAAUAUUAUAAUGAACAAUCAAUAAAGAAAUGUUAUAUUCUA